AUGGAGGAGUGCGGAAUCAGUGGUCCCACAAACCAGUGGUUCCGUAAUUACCUCACAGACAGAACACUUCGGACAGCGGUGGGCGGGGCGGUGGGGUCCGAGGUGCGCGUCGAUCUGGGCGUGCCCACUGGCUCAGUGUACGGUCCCGUCGGCUACAUAAUGCAUCACGCGGCGCGCAGCCCCCCCGCGGCGCGCGCUACCCCCGCCGCGGCCGCCGCUACGCCCGACGCGCCCGCCUGCGUGACCGCGGCGCAGCUCUCCGUGCUGCUGGAUACCAUCGCCAAGGCCGCCGAGACCAACCGCAUUCUUCUGGAGAGGAUGUCGAGCGACCCCCGGACCUGCACGCCGCCCGCCCGGUGCGGGCCCGGCGCCGCGAGCCCCCCCGCGCGCGCGACCGCGUCUGACUACCAGACGCCACCGCCGGGGACGUUCGCCAAGUGCACGGCGAGAUUCGACGGAGCCGGCCGCAGCGCGGACCAGCUGGACGCCUUCAUCGACGCGGUGCAGGUGUACAAGGAGUGCGCCAACGUGUCGGACGAGCACGCGCUGAGCGGGCUGCCCAUGCUGUUGGAGGGCGACGCCGCCGUGUGGUGGCGCGGCGUGCGCGCCUCCGUUGCCGGCUGGGGCGCGGCCCUGCAGCGCCUGCGCGCCAUGUACGGCACUCCACUCCCGGCCUACAAAGUGUUCCGCGCGAUAUUUUCGAGUGAACAAAAUGAAGUGCGGUCUGAUGUGUACAUAUCGCGAGUGCGCGCCCUUUUGGCACAGCUUCCGUACGAGCUGUUAGAAGACACUAAGUUAGAUAUAAUUUAUGGACUUUUAAGUUACCACAUAAGAAAACGCAUUCCCCGUGAAGGUGCUUCAAGCGUUGAUGAUCUCAUUGUUAAAUGUAGGGCGGUUGAAGAGGCGAGUCGCGAGGUGCGCAAUUCUAGUAACCCCUCGAAUAAUACUCGACAAAAUGUUUAUCCCUCGGCCGCGACCCAUAAUUGUCUUAACCCGCCAAGUGCGGUGCCUUUUUCAAAUAAUUUUAACCCUUUGACUGACAGACCGACAUACAUACCUGUACAUAAUUUACCGACGCCCUCCUCCUCCUCUGGCCCGAACGGCGCUACCAGAGUACGGCCGCGUUGUGCACACUGCAGGAGGCUCGGCCAUCAUGUCGAUGACUGUCGGACAAAGGAGCGUGAAACUGUAGAAUCGACCCCCGGUAACCCUCCCUUGAGAUGCUACGGCUGUGGGCAGUUAGGAGUUGUUAGGUCGCGAUGCCAGACUUGUAACAAGCAGACUAGGCCAACAACCAACCUGCAUAGUCAUGUCAAAGAGAGAGCUGGCAAUAAUAGUCCGGGUCACGCAGUUAACAGUCAGAGAGGCGAGCACGAGUUUUUAUCCGCCGAAUUUCAAGGUAAGUACGACCCGCGCCCACUGGUCAACAUCAAAGUUGGCGGUGCGCUCGGUGCAGCCGUGCUCGACACAGGUGCCACACAUAGCAUUGCUAGCAACAUGCUAUAUGACAUCAUGUGCAAAAAGGGGGUGAAAUUCGAAGACACUUUCCACACCGUGUACCUGGCCGACGGAUCGAGACAGCUGAGAAGAACGUUGGUCGGUGCAACACAGGUAAGUAUAGAAGACAGAUCUUUCGAUGUUUCAUUCCUCGUGUUCCCGGGUUCAAACACCCGCACGACGCUGGGGCGAGACGCCAUCAUCACCGCCGGCAUAGUGCUAAACUUAGCACACGGAGCUUGGGCUUUCGGCGACGCACCUUCACGUCAGUACAAGUUCGAGACUGCAGUCCGACUUCGUACCACUACCGGCCACAUUAGGCCAGCCAUAAAGGUAGGUACUCAUCCACCUAAAAUUUUACAUCACCGGCGGACUCCUACGUGGUUCAGGCGAGUCAUACCGAACCACGCCAGCGACGCCAGGCCACACACCAACCCUGUGAGGAAACACGACCCACGGGUUCGGUUCUACCACGACCUCAGACCUGUCCUAGUUCAGGGGGAGGCUUAUCACGAACGCCUGUGCAGACCACCCCACCACCGUCGAGGACGACGAUCAGUUUAGGGGGAGGACCAGGGCUGCUCAGUGUGCUACUCCGAACGCGAGGGCGCUUGGUUCGGAUUAGAGGGGGAGGAUGUAACAUCACUAUCUUUAGUUUUACCGCGAAAUCGAAUCGCGCGCCAAAAUGUUAGCGUCCCACGCCCGCCUCGCCGUUUCUCGCGCAGCUUCUCUGCGCAUACCGCGUCCCGCGCGCUCAGUCUUCACCCCCGCGCACUCCCGCUCGCGCCACUGGCCAGCGGAGCCCGCGCAGGCAGUCGGCGCCAAACCGUAUUCCCGGCUACUUCACGCUCGCUUGCGCCGCCUUCACGGAAAUUAGUUUAAGCACAAAGAUUACCUCACUUGCAUAUUACGUGUCUGAAGAACCCUAAAUACAGUGAAUUUGUACUCCCUGAGUUUGUGUUUCCUAUCUACCACU